UUUAUUUUAUGUUUUGCAACUAAUAUCACAUCGUUCGUCUAGCGACCAAAUUGUAGUUACAAUUUUAUUUUAUAAAAAUAAAGUGAAAAUGUCGGACUGGGAUACUGUAACGGUAUUGAAGAAACGAGCCCCGAAGGCUUCCGCUAUGAAAAGCGAACAAGCCAUUAAUGCGGCAAGAAGACAGGGUUUGGCUGUUGAAACACAACAGAAAUCUAAAUUUCUAGGGGGUGCUGGAAGUAAUAAACAGCACGUUGCAACAAAAAAUACAGCAAAAUUGGAUAGAGAGACUGAAGAAUUACGUCACGAAAAGAUUUCCCUUGACGUCGGGAAAUUGAUACAACAAGGGCGACAGGCAAAGAAUUUGAGUCAAAAGGAUUUGGCUACAAAAAUAAAUGAAAAACCGCAAGUGAUAACUGAUUAUGAGGCGGGACGCGGAAUCCCGAAUAAUGUGAUCAUCGGGAAAAUAGAAAGGGUGAUUGGAUUAAAAUUGCGUGGCAAAGACGUCGGUAAACCAAUGGCGGCUCUGCCCCCCGCGAGUAAAAAGUAAAUCGGUUCUCGCGGGCGGGCAGUGCACUAUCUUCUCAAACCGACAUCCUGUCUAAACGGAAAUGUAGGUUUUUCUCGUUUGCCGUCGUCAUCAUCGUCUCUUAAAAAUUUUAUCUCCAUAAGUGCGUGUGCGUGUGUAUUAUAACAACACUGUAAUACAACUUAAUAUCUUCACGUAGGCGAACUACGCAACUCGGACCACUAAUUUCUUUCCGAGAAUGGUUUCAUUGUUUCAUUCGUUUCCAUUUUUUAGCUUUGAAAUAAUGAUCCAUUUUUUUUAGAACUUUUUUCAGUGUCAUCAUGAUAUAGUUCGUAUUGAUUUGUUUUGUUACAUUUUUUUUUUCAAUGAAACUAAUGAAAUAAACAUAUUUAGUUUA